AGCGGAGGGACGAGCCCGCCGCCGCCGCGGGAGGAGGAGGAAAAGGAGGAGGAGGAGGAGAGAUGAAGCGCUUCCACCCUGGGGUCGCGCUGCUGCUCUCGCUGCUGUGGGAGGCUGUAGAAGUGAUGGAUGGAGGACAGCUCAGUAGUUGAAGCUCAUCUCAAGGAUGGGGAAGCUGAACAGAGCUGUUUCAGGCCGACAGAGGACCCUGUCUGUGCUGCAGUGUGUACAGAGGCCAAAAAGCAUUGCUGGUAUUUUGAAGGAUUAUAUCCUACAUAUUAUAUAUGUCGCUCCUAUGAGGAUUGCUGCGGCUCAAGAUGCUGUGUAAGAGCUCUCUCUAUCCAGCGACUAUGGUAUUUUUGGUUCCUUUUGAUGAUGGGAGUUCUGUUCUGUUGUGGAGCCGGUUUCUUUAUCCGAAGGCGGAUGUACCCUCCUCCAUUAGUAGAAGAGCCUACUUUUAACGUGUCUUACACCCGACAACCAGUCAACACUGCAUCAGGGUCACAACAACCUGGAGUGCCGUAUUACACAGAUCCAGGUGGACCUGUGAUGAAUCCCAUGGCUAUGGCUUUCCACGUCCAGCCCAAUUCCCCACAAGGAAACCCGGUUUACCCACCCCCACCUUCCUAUUGCAACACACCACCUCCCCCCUAUGAGCAGGUGGUGAAAUCCUCCACGUGAGGACUUUGGCUCUCUGACCUGACUGUGUGAGAAGAUGGUGCAAUUGCAAAAUUACCAAGAUGAGGGGCACCUGCCCUUCUGAACACUUGCUAGUCCUCCAAGUCCUCUCUCCUUCCCUUCCCUGCACCUUUCCUCAUUAAAGUUACUUGCAAAGGGGUGUUUUUUUAAUUUUUUUUUUUUUUUUUUAAGUAGAAGUGGAUUUUUUCUUUGUCUUUGAAAUGAGAGAAGCUGUCUUUGUAAUGCUUUUAAUGGAAACCUAUAUUUAAAACCUGUA